GGCAGGGAGAGAUAUCAGUAGUUCGAGGACAGGAGAGACAAGGACGUGAGAAACAGGCCUGACACCGGAAACGACUCUUCAGUGCGGCAUCUCUGACUCUGACAGUCUCCGCACUCAGCUGCUCCACCAGUUCUUCAUUAAAUAAAGCGCUGAGACAUUAACAGCGCACCGGCGUGUCCUGUUUAAAGACAUGCUCGUCCACUGAUGAGUAUAUUCACACAUCUGUCCACAGAUCUGACUUUAAUUCGUCAAAGUUUGACCAGAAACCGACACACGAUAAUCAUGCAGAGACAGCUUCAUGCAAAAAGGACACACGGUGUGGAUAAAAACGUCUGGGUUGAAUUCGUACAACUGGCAGCAGACCACAAAGCAGUGAACCUUGGACAAGGAUUUCCAGACUUCGCCCCUCCCAAGUUUGUCCAGGAGGCUUUCUCUAAAGCUGUGAAUGGAGGACCACUAAUGCACCAGUACACCCGUGCUUUCGGACACCCCCCUCUUGUGAAAAGUCUGGCGAAAUUCUUCAGUAGGAUCGUGGGACAUGAGAUCGAUCCCUUUGAGGACAUUCUGGUCACAGUCGGAGCUUAUCAGGCUCUCUUUUGUGCGUUUCAAGCUCUGGUUGACGAAGGAGAUGAGGUUAUAAUCAUUGAACCGUUCUUUGACUGCUACCAGCCAAUGGUGAAAAUGGUCGGAGGAAAGGCGGUGUACGUACCUCUGAGGCCGAGAGUUGAGGGCACCGCUGGCCUGUCAAGUGGAGACUGGGUUCUUUCUCCUGAGGAGCUGGCCAGUAAAUUCACUCCACGCACAAAAGCCAUCGUUAUCAACACUCCCAACAACCCGUUAGGCAAGGUUUACAAGACCGAAGAGCUCCAAGUGAUCGCUGAUCUGUGCAUCAAACACAAUGUGCUGUGCUUCAGCGACGAGGUGUACGAGUGGCUGACUUACGACGGAGCCAAGCACGUAAAGAUCGCGAGCCUACCCGGGAUGUGGGAACGAACGGUCACUAUUGGCAGCGGUGGAAAGACCUUCAGUGCUACAGGCUGGAAGGUUGGCUGGGCCAUCGGCUCUGGGCAUAUCGUGAAACACAUGAAGACCAUCCAUCAGAACACUGUUUACCACUGUGCUACAGCUGCUCAGGAGGCAGUAUCUCAGGGAUUUGAGAGAGAGUACGAGCUGUUUGGGACUCCGGAGAGUUACUUCCAGCAGCUGCCCGCGAUGCUGCAUCACAAGAGGAAGAAGCUGGCCUCGUGUCUGCAGGGCGUGGGUCUGCAGCCCAUCAUGCCCGAGGGAGGCUAUUUCAUGACCGCGGACAUCUCUUCUGUCAAGGUGGAUUUAAGUUCCCAGAGCUGUGAGGAUGAACCCACUGACUAUAAAUUUGUUAAGUGGCUAACUAAAGAGAAGGGUUUGGCAACAAUGCCCGUCUCCGCCUUCUACAGCCCCGAGCACAGCAAAGAGUUUGACAAAUACAUCCGCUUCUGUUUCGUCAAGGAGGACUCCACCCUGGAUGCAGCAGAGGACAUCUUGAAAAAGUGGAGUCAGGGACAGUAAAAUGAUAAGAAACGUCACACAUCCACCCAGAUUUCACCGGGCUGCCUCCUUAAACGUUAGAACGAGCCAUACUGAAUGUUUCAGGGUGUGAUUGCUUCACUGUGGGGUACUUGAAAAGGCACACAGCUUUGUCCUCGCAUUGUGAAAGUUCCUGUGAAAUAAAGUUUAUCACUGUUCGAACAGUUGAAAUAAUAUAUUGAUCUGUUUCACCAGCUUUUAAUAAAUCCAAGUUUUAUUCUUCA